AUGUCUGAAUCGCAGCAGCCACCCGUGAUACAAGACGUGCCUCACAAUGACAUGCCUUAUAAUAGCCCUGGGUAUCAUCCCUCACCUGAGACUGAGAAACGCAACUCUGUGACCGAAUUGCCAGAGGACGAAGACUCGCCCAAAAAGAAACCGCUCUCCUUCUACUUUGCCUUUCUUUCCCUCGUCGUCAUGGUCCUCAUUGUAUCUAUCGACUCUACAGCCCUAGCCGUCGCCAUUCCUGUUCUCACCAAUCAAUUGCGCGGUACGACGCUCGCUGCCUUUUGGGCUAGCUUAUCCUUCAUGUUAUCCGUCGUCAUCACUCAGCCUCUCUACACGAGUGCCUCUGAUGUCCUCGGCCGCAAGCCUCUUCUAUAUACAGCCUUUAUCCUCUUCUUUAUCGGCUCCAUUGUCUUUGCCGUCGCCAAAAGCAUGUCCGUUGUCAUCCUUGGCCGUGUCAUUCAAGGUCUCGGCGGUGGUGGCCUCGAUGUGCUCAAUGAAAUCAUCAUCUGCGACAUGACCACCCUCAAGGAGAGACCCUUUUGGCUGGGUAUCCUGGCCGUUCCCAUGGCCGUUGGAGUCAUCCUGGGUCCUGUCUUGGGCUCCCUCUUUAGCGAGUAUGUCGACUGGCGCUGGAUUGGAUGGAUCAAUUUGCCCCUCGUCGCCAUCAGUGCUGUCUGCGCCGUCUUGUUCAUGCACUUGAAGCCUAUGGAUGGAUCCUUCACCUCUAGGCUUAUUAGGCUCGACUGGCUUGGUAUGGCCCUAUUUAUCACUGGCUCUACCCUCUUUUCGUUGCCGCUGAGCUGGGCCGGUGCCUUGUACGCUUGGUCUUCAUGGAAAACAAUUUUGCCUUUGAUAAUUGGCGUCGUUAUUCUGGUUGUUUUCGCCAUUUAUGAAAAGCGCCCUGCUGAGGCUGUUAUCCCUUAUCGGUUCAUGACCAACUUGACCACCUCGGCGACUCUGAUCGGGGGCUUUAUCCACGGUCUGGUGCUAUAUCCAUCGCUGCUCUACCUACCCCUCUUCUUCCAGUCUGUCUUCCUCGAGACGCCUCUUCAGUCAGCUCUACUUUGGGCAUCUUGGGUCACCAUGGCAGUUGGCACGGGACUGUACGCACUCUGGGAUGAAAAGGCUACAGUGGCCAUGACUGCUGGGUUCCAGAUCAUCGCUGCCAUUGGCUUGGGCGCCCAGUUUGUCGUCCCUGCCGUCGCUGUUCAAGCAAGCGUAAAGCCCGACGACCAAGGCUUGGUUGUUGGUAUCCUUGUCUCAUUCCGUCUUUUCGGCGCUUUGGUUGGCCUCGCUGCCGGUUCCACUAUCUUCAGCAGCGUUUUCGCAACGUCCAUUGUAAAGGCAGAACCGCUUCCUGAGGCUCUGGCUAUCCUUCGCGACUCAUCGGAAGCUGUCGGGUUUAUUACCCACCUGCGUGAGGUUGACGUCUCCCCUGCAGUCAUGGUUGCCGUCAAACAGGCAUAUAGAGACGCAUUCCGAGCGGUAUGGUAUCUCAUGGCCAGUUUUAGCGCAUUUGGCUUUAUUCCUUCCUUGCUUGUUAAGGAGCUGUCUCUUGAGACAGAGGAGGUUGGACGACAGAAUAUAGACCAGGACAAUGACAAGCCGACGCAAGAUGCUUAA